AUGUAUGGCACACUACUCUAUGAUCUCGUCGAAUUAGCUCGUACUCCGCCAGUACAAGUUGAUGGAUGCGAUCAUGAGUUGAAGAAAAUAAGUGGCGAUGCGUUGAAAGACAAAUACCCUCGUGUGGCGCGACUCGAGGUGAUAUCGGCAUUCUCUAAUGACAUAAAAUCAUACUUCGUGUCUUUCAAGCGAAUGACAAGUAAUAAAAUUGUCAUCCAACAGUUGGAUAUUCCGCGUUUUGUUGUCCACAUACAUUCACAGGAAUGA